AUGAAGUUGUCACCGUGUUUGAUUUGCAAAUCAGAAGUAUGUGUCAUGGAGUCAUUCUACUCACUCCUGGUUAAAUCGCUGAUCACGGCGUCCACAUUUAUUCUGGUCACCUUGAUUGUCUUUUACCACGCGGUUGACAUAAAGCUAUUUUCAGUCAAUAAUUGUAUUGAAGAUUGGCGCAUUGCGACCAGUCCGCGAAAAAUGGGUUUUGUCGUUCUCGAAGUAUUGCUCUGUAUGAUUCAUCCGCCACCCAUAUUGUCCAACUACAUGUGGCCAAGUGAUCAACUUCACUCGGACUCUUCAUACGAUCAUUCAUCUCAUCCGGAUGUGACUUUCCCACCGCCACGAUACACGACUGCUGUGCCCGGCGAGCAUCAUUCAAUCUCAUCCAAAUUACACAUUCCUGACACCGAGAAUUCCAGUGCCUCUUAUGCGACCGUGUUCACCACGCCUUACAUCACCAGUACACCACGAUUUGUAGAGCAUAAAUCGGAAUUUAUCUCACUCGAGUUGAGUUUAUCGAUUCCAAUGUUUUUACGCUUGUACUUGAUUUUUCGAGUACUCCUACUCCAUUCGACUUUCUUCACGGACGCCGGAUCGCGUAGUAUCGGUGCGUUGAAUCGGGUGAAAAUUAAUGUGCGAUUCGUGUUGAAAACGCUUGCAACCGCACAACCGGGCACAAUGCUCCUCAUUUUCAUUCUCUUCAUGUGGGUAAUCACCAGCUGGAUUAUGCGAGUUUGUGAAAGGUUAGUUUACCCAAUUGAAUCAUAUGGUUUGGUGUGCUGA